AUGCUUCCAACGCCAGACACCUCACACGUGCCCUACGAGCGCGUCUACGAGCCCGCAGAAGACUCGUUCCUCCUCCUCGACACCCUCUCCUCGCCCUCAGAAACGCAGUUCCUCCACGAGACCUUCUCACCCUCCUCUUCUUCUCCUGCUUCGUCUUCGUCUUCGUCUUCGUCUUCGUCUUCGUCUUCGUCAUCGUCAAACCCCGGCGGCAUCCCGUUCGUCGUCGAGAUAGGAACGGGAUCGGGCGUGGUCCUGGCCUUCAUCACGGCACAUGCCAAAACAAUCUUUGGCACGAACCAGGUCCUCACGGCGGGAGUCGACAUGAACGCCUUUGCGUGCCGCGCGACAAUCACCACCGUGGCCAAAGCACAAGCCGAUUCUCUUCUCGCCGACAACAACACCGCCAACAGCAGCAGCAGCAGCAGCAGCAGCAGUGAGAGAAGAAGAGAAAAGCAAGUCCCCUAUGGAAUGUACCUGGGCUCCGUAAUGGGCGACCUCGCAAGCCCCCUGAGGAACCACUCCGUCGACGUCCUCGUCUUCAACCCGCCCUACGUGCCGACGUCGGAAAUGCCCAGCCGGCCAGAGACCUUUAGAGAAGAAGACUUUCAUCAUUCAUCCUCCCCUUCCUCGGCCUCCUCCAACAAGAAGCAGCCGUCCUUUGACGACGACUCGUACCUGCUGGCGCUGUCGUAUGCCGGCGGCGCGGACGGCAUGGAGACGACGGACAGGCUGCUUGCGGGGCUGCCCGAGCUUCUCUCGCCGAGGGGCUGCGCGUACGUGCUCCUGUGCGCGCAGAACAAGCCCGAGGCCGUCAAGGAGAGGAUACGGGGGAUGGAGGCGGGCGGUGGUGGCAGGUGGAGGGCGGAGACGGUUGGGUCGAGUGGGAAGACGGCGGGGUGGGAGAAGUUGCAGAUUGUAAGGAUAUGGCGAGCUUCGGCUUGA